AUCUUGAAGGCACUGGGUAAAUCCUAUCAUCCUGGCUGUUUCCGAUGCUGCAUUUGCAACGAGUGCUUAGACGGCAUUCCUUUCACUAUUGACAAGUAUAAUCAUAUAUUCUGCGUCUCCGAUUACCACCUCAUGUACGCGCCUCGCUGUGCAAAAUGCGGCCUACCUAUUAUGCCAAAGGAGGUGAGAUGCCUUUUAGUUAUCCAAAUCUCCAAGUUUUGA